UCAAACACCUCCGAUAUGAAGGUGUUCGUAGUCACGCUCGUGCUGGCACUCGUCGCCACCGCAUAUGGUGGUUACAUAAGCAGCGGCGGUGGAUUCGGCGGCGGCGGUGGUUAUGGGGGCGGCGGUGGUUAUGGAGGCGGAAGCAGCGGAUGGAAGUUCGGCGGUGGCGGCGGUUAUGGGGGCGGCGGCGGUGGCGGUUAUGGAGGCGGUGGCGGUGGUGGAAAGAUCAUCAAGGUGAUCACAGUCAGCAGCGGCGGUGGUGGUUAUGGAGGUGGUGGCGGUGGAUGGAACCUCGGCGGUGGUGGCGGUGGAUGGAAACUGGGCGGAGGCGGCGGUGGAUAUGGCGGUGGUGGUAGCAGCGGAUGGAAGUUGGGCGGCGGAAGUGGUGGAUUCGGAGGCGGUGGAUGGAAAUCGGGUGGAGGUGGCGGAUAUGGAGGUGGCAGCAGUGGAGGCUGGUGGUAAUACUGACGACGUCUACGAGCAAUUGGAGAGAAAUUUGUUUGCCAAUCAUCCGCGCAUAUCUCGGCUGUAAGCAUCGUCGUUAAAUCAAUUCGCGCCGACCCUCUUCGCUCUUCGAUCUUCGUCAGAUCGCCAUCGGAAGACGAAAAAAAGCUACAACCGGGACAUCACCGAAAAGUUCCGCAUUUCAUCGAUUCGUAAGAGGAAGCGUCACAACAUACACACGUACGAAAUACUCCUCGCGAUAUCCUUCACCAUCUCCAGUACAAGGAUAUUUGUUGGAAACAGUGAACGAUAUCGUCGUCCCGCAACCGGCUAUUCGAACUUGACGCCGUGUCGUCUAGGCGAAACGACUUCCUUCUUGAAGGCAGAGUCUCCUCCCGUCCUUCUUUCCCAAUCCGGAAAAUCGGCGGACGUUCCGUUUACGACUGAAUCGUGCGCCCUGAUAUUUCAAUUCCACUUUCUCGCAUGAUUUUCCACCCUUCUCAUCUCCCAUUUACUUCCACCACGCUCUCUUCCGAGGAUCGAGAGCGUUAGGGCGAGGCGUCCCUCCGACAUUUAGCUGAUUAUAAAUGCAUAGAGCAAUCCCGUGGAAUCUCGACAAUUACUACGGGUAUUUCGAGCACGAGCGAAUAAAAGCGACGAAAUACUGCAAAAACACAUUCAAUGAAAAAAAAAAACGCAGCAAUCACUCAUGCACUUUCUUUUUAACUGUCUGAAAAUCGAUACACCCCGUUCAAUUGAAGAAAUGCAAAUUUAAUAAUAAAUGAAAAUCACACUGAUAGAAUAA